AUGUUAGUUUUCGGCUCUACUUUUUUCCCUAGACCCGAACCCGGCGUGUCUGGACCCACGUUCAUGUCGAAUAUAUCGAUCAUGAUCGAGGGCAAUUUUCCCAGUUCAAAAAGACAAGCACUAGAUGCAGAACACCGUCAACUUUUGGCUAAUCUUACCGAUGAACAAAAAAACAUCUACCAUAAGAUAAUGCUUCGCAUUGCAAAUAAACAUGGAGGGCUGUUUUUUAUAUAUGGGUAUGGUGGUACUGGCAAAACAUAUAUUUGGAGAACUCUUUCGGCUGCUCUGAGAUCGAAAGGUGAAAUAGUUCUUACCGUUGCUUCAAGUGGGAUAGCAGCUCUACUCAUUCCUGGUGGAAGAACGGCUCAUUCGAGAUUUGUAAUCCCCAUAGAUGUUAAUGAGGAUUCUACUUGCAAUAUUGCACAAGAUAGCCCACUGGUUAGUUUGAUCGCCAAAGCAAAACUGAUCAUUUGGGAUGAAGCUCCUAUGAUGCAUAAACACUGUUUUGAGGCUGUUAGCAAAACCUUCAAGGAUAUACUCAAAUUCUCCAAUCCUGACAGUAAAAAACAACCUUUCGGGGGAAAAAUAGUUGUUUUUGGUGGUGAUUUUCGACAGAUUCUACCUGUGAUACCGAAAGGAACGAGACAAGAAGUAGUGUUUGCUAGCAUUAAUUCCUCAUGUUUAUGGAGAUACUGUGAAGUUCUGACGUUGACAAAAAAUAUGAGGCUACAAUCCGGCAAAUCAGAUUCUGAGGUUCGCGAAGUGAAAAAAUUCUCAGAAUGGGUGUUAAGUGUUGGGGAUGGCACUGUAGGUGGUCCUAAUGAUGGAGUAGUCGAUAUUGAAAUCCCUGAUGACUUGCUCAUAAAAGAUUCAGGUGACCCACUUGCUUCGAUUGUGAAUGAAACUUAUCCAUCAUUUUUAGAGAACAUGGAUGAUAUCAGUUAUUUGCAACAUAGGGCUAUACUGGCUCCGACUAAUGAGAUUGUUGAUGUGGUGAAUGAUUACAUGCUAUCGUUUGUUCCUGGCGAAAUGAUGACGUAUCUCAGUUUUGAUAGUCCGUGUUCAGCGAACGAAGGCAUUGACAGACCUGAUGACAUUCAUACGCCUGAGUUUCUGAAUACCAUUAAUUCUUCUGGUCUUCCAAAUCACGAGUUAAAGCUUAAAGUUGGUGUUCCAGUCAUGUUGCUGAGAAACAUAGACCAAUCGUCAGGUUUGUGCAAUGGCACCCGACUGUCAAUCACGCGAUUAGGAAAGCGAGUCUUGGAAGCAAAAAUUAUAUCAGGCACCAACAUUGGUCAUAAGGUUUUUAUUCCACGACUCACUCUGACGCCAUCCGAUAGCAGAAUUCCUUUUAAAUUUCAACGUCGCCAGUUUCCUAUCAUGCUUUCGUUUGCAAUGACAAUAAAUAAAAGUCAAGGCCAGUCUCUUCAACAUGUGGGUAUUUAUCUUCAAAAGCCGGUGUUUUCGCAUGGACAAUUAUACGUUGCUAUCUCAAGAGUUACCAUAUCGCAAAGGAUUGAAGAUACUUGUAUGUGA